AUGGACUCUUUUAUGUUGCAAGAUGCAGCUGCAGCUGAUCGAGUCCGCCAAGCUGAGGAUUUCCUUGACCCCAGAAGUCCCCAUGCACGGAGCUACAAGCCCGAUAUCAUUCUGAUGGUCCAGAAGAAUCAGAGGCGUCUUAAUGUCCACAUCGACCACGUGCGAGAUCAUAAUCCUCAACUUGCCGACGGUAUCCUCUACCAGCCCUUUGACUACACGCUUGCUUUCGACCACGCACUUAAGGAGAUCGUCAAAAGUCUCCCACAAGUCCGAGAUGACAUUGCAGACACACCAUACUACUGUGCUUGGUCCGGCAGCUUUGGCUCCAAUGGCUGCAAUCCCCGCACACUCUCCUCCCUUCACUUAAACAACAUGGUGUCUCUUGAGGGCAUUGUAACUCGGUGCUCUCUCAUACGACCCAAGAUUGUCAAGAGUGUCCACUACAGUGAAGUGAAGAAUGAAUUCCACUUUCGAGAGUACCACGACCAAACCAUGGUCAAUGGUGUACCCACUUCGAGCGUCUACCCCCAGGAGGACGAUGAAGGGAACCCCCUGACCACGGAAUAUGGCUUCAGCAAGUACCGAGAUCAUCAGACAAUAUCCAUACAGGAAAUGCCAGAGCGCGCACCGGCUGGCCAGUUACCCCGCGGUGUAGAUGCCAUCCUCGACGAUGAUCUUGUGGAUAAAGUGAAGCCCGGAGACAGAGUGCAGCUGGUGGGUAUAUACAAGACACUUGGAAACAGGAACACGAAUCACAACAGCGCGCUUUUCAAGACGGUUAUUCUUGCCAACAAUGUUGUGCUGCUGUCGACCAAGUCAGGAGGUGGCAUUGCGACAGCCCCUAUUACCGACACCGAUAUCCGCAACAUUAACAAGGUUGCCAAAAAGAAGAACCUUCUAGAUUUAUUAUCACAGUCCCUUGCACCCAGUAUAUACGGCCACGACUACAUCAAAAAGGCAAUCUUGCUGAUGCUGCUUGGGGGCAUGGAGAAAAAUCUGGCGAACGGUACCCACCUUCGCGGAGACAUCAACAUUUUGAUGGUUGGCGAUCCUUCAACAGCGAAGUCCCAGCUGUUGAGGUUCGUGCUAAACACAGCACCGCUGGCCAUCGCGACCACGGGCCGGGGUUCGUCGGGUGUUGGACUUACAGCCGCCGUCACUUCCGACAAAGAAACCGGGGAAAGACGUCUAGAGGCAGGAGCCAUGGUCAUGGCUGACCGUGGCGUUGUCUGUAUCGAUGAGUUCGACAAAAUGUCUGACAUAGACAGAGUCUCCAUCCAUGAGGUUAUGGAACAACAAACGGUAACAAUCGCAAAAGCAGGCAUCCAUACAUCGCUGAACGCCAGAUGUAGUGUUAUCGCCGCUGCCAAUCCUAUCUUCGGCCAGUAUGAUACUCAUAAGGACCCCCAUAAAAACAUUGCCCUGCCAGACUCGUUACUGUCGCGCUUUGACCUUCUUUUCGUCGUUACCGAUGAUAUCGAGGACUCCCGGGACAGGCAGGUUUCGGAGCAUGUCCUGCGGAUGCAUCGCUACCGCCUGGCUGGCUCCGAGGAGGGUGCCCCUGUUAGGGAGGACUCCAACCACGCUUUCGGGGUCUCAAUCAACACCCGAGGUGCUGGACAACCUGUAACCGAUGUAUACGAGAAGUACGACGAGAUGCUACACGCCGGGGUCACGGCCACGUCUGGGCGGGGUCCUGGCAGAAGGCCAGAAAUUCUCAGUAUCUCUUUCAUGAAGAAAUACAUUCAAUAUGCCAAAACGAGAAUUCGUCCUGUUUUGACGAAGGAAGCUGCGGGUCGAGCCAGGGACAUAUACGUCGGCCUUCGAAAUGACGUGAUGGAAGGGAAUCAGCGUCGGACGAGCCCUUUGACGGUACGCACAUUCGAAACCCUUAUUCGACUUGCCACUGCGCAUGCCAAGGCGCGCCUCUCUACAAGGGUCGAGGAGCGCGAUACGCUAGCAGCUGAAUCCAUUCUACGAUUCGCCCUUUUUAAGGAAGUCGUCGAGGACGAAUCUCGCAAGAAGCGGAGGAAAACACUCAACACGCAUUUCGCCUCUUCCAGCGAGGAGAGCUCUGACAGCGAUGAUGGCGACGAUGGAGUUGAUUCGACGUACAGAGGCACUUCGACUAGCGCUGAACAGGCUCGUGGGUCCACGCAAAGAGUUCUGCGCCCGAGUGACACAGGAGGGGAGGUGCUGAACCGGCCUAACGGGGAUGCCGAUGCGCUGAACGCGCAGUCGGGAACUGGAGAGGUCUUGGAUGAAUCCGAUGGUGUGAUCCCGACUCAAACGCAACGUGGCGACACAAGUUCUUCUAUCCCGUUAACCGAGGCCCGGCAACCUUCUCAAAGGGACUCUACUGUUGAUGAUGCCGAACUUGCAAGCGGUGCCGCUACACUAACGCUCUCGGACAAGCCCAUCACACAUCAACGUCUCUUUGAGUUUAGGGCUGCCCUGGGUCAGUUGCUCCACUCUGAGCUAUUUGAAGACGGCUCCGCCGAUGUGAAGUCCGUCAUUCAGGCCGUCAACAGCAAAGUGCGUUCUAGUAGCGGGGUUCCUUUCAGUAAGGAGGAAGCUGUGAUGGCCUUACGGAUCAUGGACGAAGCGAAUCAAAUUAUGUAUACCGAAGGCGAACUCGUCUACGAGAUUUGA